CCACCGGGGGAGCUGUGUGCCGCGGCACGCCUGCAGGGGACCUGCCACCAGUAUGCCCAGUUCCUCCAGUACCCACCCCCAGUGUGCCCCCUUUAUCCCCAGUCUGUCGCAGUACAACAGCCCGCUAUCCCCCAGUCUCUUCCAGGCGUGCUCAGCUGGCUCCAGUGUACCCCCAUUGUCCCCAGUCUCUCCCAGUGCAUUCCAGUCCUCCCCCACUAUUCCCCAUGGUGUUCCCAAAUCCCUCCCAGUUCGUCCCAGUCGCCCCUGUCCCUCCUACUGCAUUCCAGUGUCACUCAGUAUCCCCCCAGUGCCCGUUAAGCCUUGCAGUGUCCCCUAGUAUGUCCCAGCAUCCCCCAGUGCCUCGGAAUGCAUCCCAGUCCCUCCCAGUGUCCCUCCCCAGUGCCCUCCAACAUUCCCAGUGUCUCCCAGUAUGUUCCAGCAACCCCCAGUGCCUCCCAAUGUAUCCUAGUCACACUCAGUGCCCCCCCAGUGUCCCUCAGUAGAUCCCAGCCCCCCGCAGUGUUCCUCCCCAGUCAAUCCCAGUCCAUUCCAGUCCCCCCCGUUGCAGUCUGGGCAGAGACGGAACUGCCUGGGGCCCUGGGAGGUGCCACCUGGGGGUGUCCCAUGUCAUCCCCCAACCCCCCCCCAGCCUGUCCCCUCCCUGGGGAUAAAGUGGCUUCAGUCACAGCACUGGGACAGACUGGGACCAUGGGAGUGCAGCCUGGACACAUGAAGGUCGGCCCCAUCCUCCUCCUCCUCCUCCUCCUCAGCCACACAGAGGUGUGGGGACCCCUGAGGACAUCGGGGACCCCUGUGAGACCUCUGGGUGGGGUCCUGUACCCAUUCGGACCUGGAGUGGGGGAUGAGGCCACCCAGCAUGAGGAUGACGGGACGAGCCCUGAGAUCUUCCUGCAGGAAAACUUCUCCUUCUUUGGGCAUGCCCACCGCUCACUCUAUGUGAACAACAAUGGCGUGGUGUCCUUCGGGACGAUGGUUCCGGAGUUCACCCCGCAGCCCUUCCCACUGCCAGACCACCACCCCUUUGUGGCACCCUACUGGGCUGAUGUGGACACCCGUCUGGGAGGGGACGUCUUCUACCGGCAGAGCCGCGACCCCCAGCUGCUGGCACGCCUGGCCCAGGACCUGGCACCUGCUGUGACACCUGGGGACCUGGCCCCACAGCCCACCUGGGCAUUUGUGGCCACCUGGGAUCGUGUGGCCUAUUUCGGGGCUGCCUCAAAAAAGGUGAACACCUUCCAGGCUGUGCUAGCCUCUGACGGUGUCACCUGCUUUGUCCUGCUCAACUACGGGGACUUGCAGUGGACAACUGGCAUUGCCAACCAGGGGGAUCCCCACACUGGCCUGGGAGGCAUCCCUGCACAGGCUGGGUUCCACAGUGGGGACGAUGUCCACUACUACAAUAUACCAGGGUCACGCACGCCUGCAGUGCAGAGCCUCAGCCACCGCAGCAACAUAGGGGUCCCGGGGCGCUGGGCUUUCCGUGUUGACCACUUCGAGGCCACUGAGGGACCCCCUGGGACCCCUGGCACCCUGUCAAAGACUCCUGAGGCCCCCUGGAGUCCCGUGGCCUCCCAAAAGACCCCCUCAGUAUCCCCCAACCCCCCCAGGACCACAGAGGAGCAGGUGUAUAUCUGCAGGUCCUGAGCAGGUGACACCUGCGACAUUUGGGGUAGGGGGAUUUUCGAGCAGCUCUUGUCCCACCCCCAGGAUGUGGCACCAUGGAGGCUGCAUUAUGAUGAAAACAGCAAUAAACACCCUCUGAGC